UCAUGUUUAUUACCAAUCUCACACCGUCAACACUCACCGUCGCAACGCAGAGAACAAAAACGCGACAUAAAAUCUCAAAUUCAGCAAAAUAAAUCCGACCCACUUCCCCAAUUUUAUAGAAUUCGCUUUUGUUUGAUUAAAAAUCGUAGCUUUUGUCAGCUCCAUGGAUUGCUCCGACGCAAUUCUGGAAAGUCCAGCUGCUGCUUACGAGCUGCUUCUCAAGUCGGCCAUCGCGAUUCCCCUGUCGCAUUAUUUGGCGGCGGCCCUUUUCUCUAUCAUUGUCUUCUUGUACAAUUUCUUGGAAUUCCAUUUUUUUCACGAUUUUCUCACUGGAUUUCGUGGGGCCCCCAUUUCUUUGACGUACAAUUCGAGCUCGGAGAUUUAUCAUGGGGUUGUGUCGAAGUGCCCGACGCUUCACGGGAGGUACUUGGCUACACCGUGGCUCUCGAGCCCGCAUAUCCAAACAUCUUUUCUGAACUUCUUUGGGAGGCCUCCGGUGUUCACAUAUAGAAGGCAGAUGUUUCAUGCAUCUGACGGUGGAACUUUUGCUCUCGAUUGGCUGUUGCAUUCUGAUGUUUCUGGCGUAGCUGUUCAAAAUGAUAAUGUCCUUGCAAAGGACGACGCAACUCCUAUUGUUAUUAUAAUUCCUGGACUAACAAGUGAUUCGGCUUCUCCUUACAUGAAACAUAUCGUCUUUGGUACUGCAAAAAAUGGAUUGAAUGUGGUUGUCAGCAAUCAUCGAGGACUGGGUGGCGUUUCAAUUACUAGUGAUUGCUUUUAUAAUGCUGGUUGGACUGAAGAUGUACGUGAAGUUAUAAACCACUUACAUAAAGAAUAUUCUGCGGCUCCGUUGUUUGUAGUGGGAACAAGUAUCGGUGCAAACAUUCUGGUAAAAUAUCUUGGAGAGGACGGAGAAAAUGUUCCGAUUGCAGGUGCUGCAGCAGUUUGCUCUCCCUGGGAUCUCUUGAUCAGUUCCAGGUUUAUAUCUCGAAGGCCUAUUCAAAAGUUAUAUGACAGAGCUCUUACUAUUGGUCUUCAAGGCUAUGCGCAGCUACAUGAAACUCGUUAUACUCGCCUUGCUAAUUGGGAUGGUAUAAUAAAGUCACGAACUGUUCGGGAUUUUGAUACCCAUGCCACCUGCCUAGUUGGUAAAUACGAGACUGUGGAUACAUUCUAUAGACGAUGUAGCGGUUCUGCUUUUAUUGGACAAGUUUCAGUUCCGUUGCUCUGCAUAAGUGCAUUGGAUGAUCCAGUCUGCACCAAAGAAGCCAUUCCUUGGGACGAAUGCCGAGCAAAUAAAAACGUAGUCUUAGCUACAUCUCUGCACGGUGGACAUCUCGCGUUCUUUGAAGGCAUAACUGUAUCUCGCCUAUGGUGGGUGAGAGCCGUUAAUGAAUUUCUCGGAGUUCUACUCUCGAGUCCAUACAUGCACAAACAGAACAAGGCGGAAAGUGCCGGGCCUCAUUCUCCUCUUAUGCAAACUUCGAUCGAUCAAGGUCCCUAUCUCAACCUGACUGAUGGAAUGGUGGCUGCAAUGGGCAACGAGCACAUAGAUGGCGAGGAGACGCCUGAAAAUCACAGUCAGACUGAUCAAACAGUUCCAGUCACCGACAACCACGUCUCUAGUGGAAGGAAAUCCCAUUUUGCUACCAAUGAUGCUCAAUCCUCUGAAGAUGAUGGUGGUUCGAAGGGCUCAGGGAUCAUUCAGAGAUGCUUGCACCAACUUUCGCGUCAAAGUAACAAGUCGAUCUGGCUGCUUGCUUACAUAGCCAUCAUGUCAUCUUGGCCCCUGGCUGGGGCUGCGCUACGUUAUCUCCACCGAAAGAAAUUGAUGAAAAGCUUACCAGGAAGAGGAUCGAAAUGAUCGGACACAGCCGUUGUGCCGCGUCUUUAACAAGUAAAAUGUGAUCUCCAUUUAAAACUUUUUGAAAUAUGAAACUUAGGCUCUUUAUAGUUAAAUAAGUUUAAAGGAAAGUUCUCUUCA